GUCGCUUCCAGGCCACUGUCAAGGGCGCAAGAUGGCGGCGUCUGUUGUGACCGGAGGGGCGGGGAUGGCGGCGAUCAGGACUUUUGGCCGCGACGGGGGCGGCCCGGCCCUGCUUCGGCUCCUCCAGGCCUGCCGGAGGUCGGCCCACCUCGCCGCCGCCGCCGCUCCUGCCCGCGAGGCGUCUGGGCGCAUCAAGAGGUUCGCCGUGUACCGUUGGAACCCGGACAACCCCGGGGAGAAACCUCACAUGCAGACGUACGAAAUAGACUUAAACAAAUGUGGACCGAUGGUCCUUGAUGCCCUCAUCAAGAUUAAGAAUGAAAUGGACUCCACCCUGACCUUCCGCCGGUCCUGCAGAGAAGGGAUUUGUGGCUCCUGUGCAAUGAACAUUAGUGGGGGCAAUACUUUGGCAUGCACGAAAAGGAUCGAUACGGACCUGAGCAAGGUCACCAAAAUUUAUCCUCUCCCCCACAUGUAUGUGGUGAAGGAUCUUGUCCCUGACUUAAGCAACUUCUAUGCCCAGUACAAAGCUAUCCAGCCUUAUUUGAAGAAAAAAGAUGAAUCCAAUCAAGGCAAAGAACAGUAUCUCCAGUCCAUAGAAGAUCGGGAAAAGCUAGAUGGGCUGUAUGAAUGCAUUCUCUGUGCCUGUUGCAGUACAAGCUGCCCCAGCUAUUGGUGGAAUGGAGAUAAGUACCUGGGCCCUGCUGUGCUUAUGCAGGCUUAUCGCUGGAUGAUUGAUUCCCGAGAUGAUUACACAGAGGAGCGCCUGGCACAGCUGCAAGACCCCUUCUCUCUCUACCGCUGCCACACCAUCAUGAAUUGCACACAGACCUGCCCAAAGGGGCUGAACCCAGGGAAAGCCAUUGCUGAGAUCAAAAAGAUGAUGGCCACUUAUAAGGAGCGAGCAGCCACUGCGUAAACAUGACAGCACUUUUUCUUCACAAUACGCACAUCUUCUAUAGCAGGGAGUCAGUUCACUUACUUUCUUACUUUGGGUGGUGUAACAUCCUGCCUUCUAGUGUGUUUUCUUUUCAAGGUUCAAACACACACCAAAAGGUGAAUAAAGUGCUUCAUUAUUGUAUUUUGACCUAGA